AUCGUUUGGCUGACACUUGUUUUUAAAGUAGAUAAGCGACAUUUAUUACUCCUCAUUGACUGUACUAAUUCCGCCACAUCUUUAAAUGACUUUAGUGUACAUUACGUGCUGGUCGUUAAGAUCCGCCUCCUGAAAUAUGAUUGGCUAUCGUAGUGUGGUUUUAAGGUCACGUCAUACCUUGAGCGACAGCUCGAGCUGCAGCUGUACCAACCGGUGAUAGGGAGCUUAGCACGGACAUAUACAACUGAGGGAGAUACCUUCAGCUAAGGGACACACUAUGACAGAGAAGAGGGUCUGAACAACAGCGAAGCCUUUUCUGAUGUUCUGUGUGGAUUCAUGCUGAUCUUUUCUUUUCCGAAGCUGAGUAGAGCAGUGGUGCGUGUGAGGAGACUGGCAGCUCAUCUCAGCAAGGCAACCAUGUCAACAAACCUCCAGAGCAACAGUUCGUCUUCUGCAGCCAACGGGGAUGCUCCUACUGCAGCUAUUCUCAUCAUUGGAGAUGAGAUUCUUAAGGGUCACACAGUGGAUACCAACAGUGCCUUUCUAACUAAAGCGCUUAGGAAGCUUGGAGUGUCUGUGCAGCGCAUAACAGUCAUACCGGAUGUGCAGGCAGUCAUUGCCAAAGAGGUGGCCCUCCUUUCAUCUCAGUAUACGCACCUCAUCACAUCGGGGGGUAUAGGUCCCACUCACGAUGACGUCACCUUUGAGAGUGUUGCCAUAGCAUUCCACGAGGAGUUAUAUGCCAAUCCAGACCUUAGCAAGCUGGUUGAAGAAUUCUUCGGGGUUGGGGAGAAAAACAGUGCCGCUAUGAAGCUGGCAAUGGUGCCUCGCUCAGCAAAACUUAACUAUGGAACUGACCCUCAGACUGGGCUAAAGCACCGCUACCCUCUGGUCAGUGUACGUAAUGUGUACAUCUUUCCCGGGAUCCCAUCUUUAAUGGAGAAGGCCUUCAAUGGGCUGGAGCAUCUCUUUGCUGGUUCAGGGACCACCUUUCACACUCGCGAGGUGUUUGUCGAUGCAGAUGAAACAGACAUUGCACCUGUGCUGACCAAACUGCAGGCUGACUGGGGCCGAAUGGUGGCUCUUGGCUCCUACCCUGACUGGUUGAGCAACUAUCACAGAGUUAGGCUGGUCCUGGACGCAGACAGCCAGCAGGAGGUGGACAAAGCCCGAAUACAGCUGCUAGACAAGCUGCCCAAGGGGAGCGUGGUGCCCUUAGUCACAGACCCGGUGUCCAUAGCCCCCGCUGAGGUGUACGGACUGGCCAACAGUGGUACAGAGCUGGGUGAGAAAGUCAUGUCUGCACUGAAAACAAUAGAGGCAGCACUCCAUCAGUAUUCAACAGAGCAAAUCUGUGUUGGCUUUAACGGGGGCAAAGACUGCACAGCGCUGCUCCAUCUCUACUAUGCUGCACUGAAACGCCGAUAUCCAGAUACUAAAGAAAAGGUGAAAGUCCUGUAUAUUCGUAUUGUCUCUCCAUUCCCAGAAAUGGAGAGAUUUCUACAGGACACAACAAAAAGAUAUAGCCUGGAGCUGUUCACUGUGGAGGGCAGUAUUCGCCAGGCACUGAGCGAGGUGAAGGAACGAAGGCCAGAGCUAAAAGCCGUCCUGAUGGGGACCAGGAGGAGCGACCCCUAUUCACAUACACUCACAGACAUGUGUCCUACUGAUCCUGGCUGGCCUGACUACAUGAGAGUCAACCCCUUACUAGACUGGACAUAUCACGACAUCUGGGCAUUCUUGAGGACAUUAUACGUGCCCUACUGUAUUCUCUAUGAUAAAGGGUACACUUCACUCGGCAGUAUGGACAACACCUGUCGAAACGAGGCACUGAAGAUGGUGGAUGCCAGGGGGGUGACACGAUACAAACCAGCCUACCUCUUGGAGAAUGAAGAAGAGGAGCGAAACUCCCGCGCUUGAAACAAUCUGUGCUCGUCUUACUUAAGCUGUUCUUCAUGGAGCCAUUAUUUUCUCUUUUUAAGGAUGUCUGCUAACCAUCCACCCUCAUUUAAUUCAUAAGAAGGACCUUUUCAAAAAUACCAUGUCUGACUGCGGAAUGAGAUCACAGAGAAAAUGUGUGUUGCUUGUGUACAUGAGUCUAAAGUAAUGGCUCUCUGUGCUGUUGAAUAAAACAUCUCUCCUUUUUUUUUUUU